CAGCUGUUUAUUUGAUGAUGCCGGUUGUCAUUAAUUUAUUUAAAUUUUUAUUAUUAUAAUAAUCCAUUAUCUUUUAUUAAGUAAUAAAAAAGUUAUCAAUACAUAAGGCCAUCGCCCUAUUUAUCAAUAAUUAAAAUAGAUUAGAAGUUCAAGCAAUUUUUAUUUGAAAUUGUUCUAGUGUCAAGACCAAAGCCGAACAGUCGCAAUGUCUUUUAAAAUCAAGAUUGGUAUAAUAGGAGGAUCAGGAUUAGACAAUCCCGACAUACUCAAAAACAGAUCAGAAAAACGAGUAACAACCCCAUUUGGACCGCCUUCUGAUGCCUUAAUUGAAGGCGACAUUGAAGGCAUCCCUGUUAUAAUUCUAGCCAGGCACGGAAGAAACCACGAUAUCAUGCCAACCAACGUAAACUAUAGAGCCAAUAUAUGGGCCCUUAAACAAGAAGGUUGCACCCAUGUGAUUGCCACUAAUGCGUGCGGGUCUCUUCAAGAAGAAAUCGCUCCUGGGGAUUUGGUGGUGAUUGAUAAUUUUAUUGAUAGGACCACCAAAAGGCAGCAGACAUUCUAUGAUGGUGAUGAAAAUCAUCCCAAAGGUAUUUGCCAUAUGCCAAUGGAACCUGCAGUUUGUUUGCAUACUAGAAAAGUUAUUUUGGAAACUGCUAAAGAAGUUAAUUUGAAAGUCAGGGAUGGUGGUACUAUUGUUGUAAUUGAAGGUCCUAGAUUUUCUAGUAAAGCUGAAAGUAUGCUUUAUAAAAGUUGGGGAGCGCACUUGGUUGGAAUGACUUCUGUACCAGAGGCAGUUUUAGCUAAAGAAGCUGGUCUAUGCUAUGCAGUUAUAGGCAUGGCCACAGAUUAUGACUGCUGGAGGGACACUGGCAAUAAAGUAUCUCACAAAUACGUUCUGGAGAUUUUUCAACAAAAUGUCAAAAAAGUCUUACAAAUACUGUUGGCUCUGGUACCUAGGAUGGCUAAAGAGGAUUGGGCAAAUACUGUACAAGAAGCACAAACUCUUGUAAAGGACAGUGUUUAUUUGCAUUGUAACUGUAACACUGGAACACUGUAAUUUGAGUCUCAUGAUUAAAAGCUUCUAGAUAUGUAUUUUUUUUUGCAUAUUAUACAGGGUGUUUGGAAUAACUUGAAGUCAGGGUUGCCAAACAAUUUUCUCUACUUUGAUGGGUAUUUCCAUAUAAAAAUUAACACAGAAAAAUCCUAUUAAAAUAUUCAAAAGAGAAGAAAAAAGCUUUCUAAAAUGUUGAAAGUUCAGAAGUGUUCAAAAUUCAAUUGCCUAUCCAGUAUUAUACAAUAGGCCAGAUUGUUGCCCACCCUGCUUGAAGUAGAUUCAUACAUAGGGAUUUCCGAAACUAUUAAAGAUACAGGGGGAAGAAGUUUCUCUCUGGGAUUAUUUUGACCUUCACUAUGCUAACGAAAGGGUGAGGCUAAAAAUGAAGUUUUUUUACUUCAAUAAAAGUUUUUAUAUUUUCCAGCAUUUUACAAUUAAUUGAACACAUUGUUUUUUACAUAAUUAAUUAAUUUCAUAAAUUAUUAACAUUUAAAAAGAAAUAAUAUUUACACGACAUAGCAAUUGCACAAAUUUAGAGUUACAAAUUAUCUACAAGAAAUUCUCAAUGACCAAAUUGAAAAUUCAAAUACUAUUGGUAUCUAUGGCAUUUUGUUUACUGGUGGACAACAAUUGUCCGGCUUCCGUACACGAUCUGCAACAGAAUUUCGCGUAGUACUUGUGAUUGCAAAAUUGCGCUUUCACUAUCAGCUUGCAGUUGGCAAAGAAUUGAUUGUCUGUACAACUUGGAUGAAUGUACAUUC